UCCGCCUCAGCCUUUCCUGUUCCUUUCUGUGGGGCCAGCAGGCUGUCGUGAAGAGGGUGCCUUCUUACCUGGAGCCCUACCCAGGCUCCCCCUGACCAGCCCAGGCCCGCUGAGCUGGGACUCAGCUUCCCUCAUUCCCACCUCUGGAUCCUGCCACCUCCUGCCCGGUCUUAGCAGGGUCAUGGCAGUGAGGGCAGGUGGCCACAACCAGGCUGCGAUGAACGGGCCGAAGGAAAAGGUGCUGACGCUGGACACCAUGAACGCCUGUGUUAAGAGGGUGGAGUAUGCCGUCCGUGGCCCCAUCGUGCUACGCGCCCUGGAGCUGGAGCAGGAGCUGCGCCAGGGUGUAAAGAAGCCGUUCACUGAGGUCAUCCGUGCCAACAUCGGGGACGCACACGCCAUGGGGCAGAAGCCCAUCACCUUCCUGCGCCAGGUCCUGGCCCUCUGCGUCCACCCGGAUCUCCUGAACAGCCCGGACUUCCCCGAAGAUGCCAAGAGAAGGGCGGAGAGCAUCCUACAGGCGUGCGGGGGCCACAGCCUAGGGGCUUACAGCAACAGCUCGGGCAUCCAGCCCAUCCGAGAGCACGUGGCGCAGUACAUCCAGCGGCGCGACGGAGGCAUCCCCGCGGACCCCAACAACAUCUUCCUGUCCACGGGGGCCAGCGAUGCCAUCGUGACGGUGCUGAAGCUGCUGGUGGCCGGCGAGGGCCGCGGCCGCACGGGCGUGCUCAUCCCCAUCCCUCAGUACCCGCUCUACUCGGCGGCACUGGCCGAGCUCAACGCGGUGCAGGUGGACUACUACCUGGACGAGGACCGCGCCUGGGCGCUGGACGUGGCGGAGCUUCGGCGCGCGCUGUGCCAGGCGCGGGGUCACUGCUGCCCCCGCGCGCUCUGCAUCAUCAACCCCGGCAACCCCACCGGGGGCGGGGGGACGGGGGGAGGGGGGGGGGACGGGGCCAGCCCGGGCUCCCGUGACGCCGUCGCCCGGCAGGUGUACCAGGACAACGUGUACGCAGAGGGCUCGCAGUUCCACUCGUUCAAGAAGGUGCUCAUGGAGAUGGGGCCGCCGUACUCGACGCAGCAGGAGCUCGCCUCCUUCCACUCCAUCUCCAAGGGCUACAUGGGCGAGUGCGGGCUCCGCGGCGGCUACGUGGAGGUGGUGAACAUGGACCCCGCGGUGCAGCAGCAGAUGCAGAAGCUGAUGAGCGUGCGGCUGUGCCCACCGCUGCCGGGCCAGGCCGUGCUGGACAUGGUGGUCAGCCCGCCUGAGCCCUCGGACCCCUCCUUCACGCAGUUCCAGGCGGAGAAGCAGGCGGUGCUGGCCAACCUGGCGGCCAAGGCCAAGCUGACCGAGCAGGUCUUCAACGAGGUUCCCGGCAUCCGCUGCAACCCGGUGCAGGGCGCCAUGUACUCCUUCCCGCGCAUAGAGCUGCCCCCGCGCGCGAUUCAGCGCGCUAAGUACCCAGGUGGGCCACCGGGGGCGCCGGCGCACUCGGCCGCUCUGGCCCGCUGGUGCUCUAUGGCCCACGGGGUCCCGGGAGCGGAGCACGGCCUGCGGCUCGGCUCUGCCGGUCGGACGCCAGUCUAUCCCUGA